CAAGGAGAUGCUUCUGCUGUAUCAGUCAGCUAAGAGGCUAAGAGAAUGGAGGCACAAUUUACAGCAAUUUUCCAGAGUGGUACUAAGUUAGCACUCAUCUCAUAUGAAGUGUGCUCUGGUGUGAAUUACUGAUUUGUUCCCAGUGUCAUGACUACUGCUGGUAAAAUGCCAUUUCUAUGCAUGGAUUGCACCAAGAUUUUCUUUCUUCCAACCGGCUUUUCUUUUUUAAUUAUUUUGGACUGCAAUGACAUGACAAAAAGAACUGACGGCUUCUAGCAGGAACAAGUGGGUGGAGUCAGUGCUGUACUGUCCACCUCUCCCCAGCACUGCAGCACACGCCCCCAGAACUGGUUGUUGGAAGAUGCAGCCUCUGAACUGCUAAGGCCAGGAUGUGGUGUAAAUAGGCUUAGAAAUUCACCACUGGACUUUUAUUUGACUUUUUACCCCAAACAUGAACAGGCAGGUGAACCAUAGAUAUUAUGCAUGACUGCUCUAAAGCAGGAAUACAGUGACAGUCACCACUAACACAAAGUCCAGAGGGAGGUCUACAAUAAAAUGGAAAUGACCCGCAAGGAGGACAAUAAAAUGAUCAUCCAGAAGCCGAUGGAUGUAGUGGACAGAGAGAUAAGAAAUGUAGACCAAUGGUAUGUUAUACAAUGUUCUGAAAGGGGGCAAGGACACCCAUGUCAUGCUCACCUGGACUGAAAGCUGGCAUAGAGAUGUCCUGGACCUUGACAGUGGCAUCUGGGACAUCUAAAUACCACUCCUGAACCAAUACACACCAGAUAUGAUAUAGGAUACAGUUUCCAGGACAAUAUCCACAGCACAGGCCUGACCAUGACCAGGGUUCAAACUGGACACCAACAAGAGAUACAAACAAACAUACAGAUACACAAAUUCUAUCUGUUUGCUUCACAAAUGAUUGCAACAGGGAAUGUACUGCCAUUGAAGCAUGAGAAUGAGUGUGGGCACACAUGUAAUUAACUAACUACAGAGUGUACAUUAAUGAAGCAGAGUUGUAAAUUAAUUCAAAUUGGCUGGCAGGAAAUGGUUUUCCUUUUUGAUUUCUCAAAUGCCUAAAAAGUAAUAUAUGAGAUUAUAUAUUGGACUAUAGACUAUCAAUGAUCAUCACAGUCAUGCGCAUUUGUCCCCAAAUAUUUUAGAAAAAACUGAUGCAUUAUAUGGUCGAAAGGUCACCUCAUUUAUAAAAAAGAAAAAAAGAAGAGCUUUCCUGUUUUCCGAAACAGUAAUAACACACAGUAACGUCAAGUAGCAAGCUACCGAUUAAAAUGUACAACCAGAUUAUCACCAUGUAUCAAAGAAUGGUUGCGAAUCGCAUGCAUGCAGGCAAACUCUUUCGGCAACUCUGUUACUCUGUGCCACUUGUUCGUCUUCGAAUGAAAACUUCACGUUAAAUUGUCUUCCGCAUUAUGCGAGGACACACAUGUAGUGCAGGAAGAACUUUAUCGGCACCAUUGGGGAACUCCACCCAUGAACCAGUCUUUACAGUACUUCAUAGAAGAAGCAUCGAAUAUGAUAAUAUUGGAGAGUGAAAGCAAAUAAGUUUGAUUAUGAUUGUUAGCCAACAUUUGCGUCGUUGAACUGGCUACGGUGCAUGAAAUAAGCUUGUUGAGACUGCUGACCUCCAAGCCUUGAUACCACCACCCCAGGACAUCACCGUGAAAAACAGAGCACUGGCUACUGGUUGGCGGAGGUAUACAACCGCAAGACAGAAUGCGAGACAGGCUGAGUGAUCUGCGGGCCGUGGCCCAGGCCUCCGCUGGAGAGAACGAAGUCAGUGCAGGCGAUGAGGACGAUGGUGAAUUCCAGCAGCAGCUGGUUUUCCAGGGCGAGGGAAUCAUGGACGAUGUGUACCGGGAGGCACAAGGCAUGCGGAAGGAGAUCGCCCUCCUGAAGAUUGAUAUCAAGCGGCUGGGCAAGCAGAACACACGCUUCAUCACCUCUGUCCGCCGCAUCAGCAGCAUCAAGCGCGACUCCAAUGCCAUCGCCCGCGACAUCAAGACCAGGGGGGAGGGCAUCCACAAGCGGCUACAGAAGUUGGGGGCCCUGAACAAGGAACUGGAAGAUGACCAAGGCCCCAGCACAGCCCUGGUACGCAUGGUCCGCUCCCAGUUCGUGUCGCUUACCCGUGCCUUCCACGAUGCCAUGAGUGACUACAACCAGGCCGAAGAGGUCCAGCGCGAGAACUGCAAGAACCGGAUCCAGAGGCAAGUGGGCAUUAUGGGCCGGGAGGUAACAGGCGAGCAAAUCGAAGAAAUGAUAGAGACGGGCAAGUGGAACGUCUUUUCUGAGAACUUGCUGACCGAUGGGAGGACGGCACGCUCCGCACUUACCGAGAUCGAGAACCGCCACAAAGAGAUCCUGGACCUAGAGAGCCGAAUCAGGGACAUCCAUGACCUGUUCCUGCAGUUGGCCAUACUGGUAGAGGAGCAGGGCAGCAUGCUGGAGAACAUUGAGGCCAACGUCUCCUCCACCCAAGACUACGUGAUGGAGGCCUCAUCGCAGAUCAAGCAGGCUGUAAAAUACAAGAAGAAUAAUCCCUGCAAAAAGCUUUUCUGCUGCUGUUGCCCCUGCUGCAAGUAGCAACAAAACAUUAUCAGACACACUUUUAUUCUUAGUCAUGCUCCUUUUCUGUGCAUCUGAAAUCUUAUAUACAGUGAUUUCAAGCUUCAUUGUUUUGACCACCUGUUGCAUGUUCAUUUGAAUGACCAACAAAAUUGUACUGAUGGUUACUGAAAUACAGUACAAAGCUUGAGCCGAGGCUUCUCACAAGCCUCAGAAAAACCUGAUGAUGCUUGACAGACAAUAGAUAAAUGAGAGUUUCACUUGGCUUCAUGUGCAGAGGAUGGUGUGAGGGAUAAGGUCUUGUGACUUGGUGUCAAACCACAUGUGAUUCUAUUAAAUAUAUUCAAAUAUACUUGAAGCAGUGAGCUAUAUCCUUCACAUUUGAAUAUUAGCAGUAAUGUUUAGCUGGUUUAGUCAUUUUGUGCUUUGUGCACUGUGAAAGUACCAUUGUAUAUAGCUGUUGUUUUGAAACACUCUGUGGUGGUACAUGCUUUGUGGAUAUGUUUAUGCAGUAGUACAUUUGUUACUGGUGUUACGUUGUUUGAUUAACAGAAGCAAUGUACUUUUUAGUAGGAAUUGUAGAUAGUGUUGCGACAUUGUCCAACUUGAAAAAGUCUGGUUAUCUCUAUUGUGAAACAGAGUUUCAGUGCUUAAUUGCCCCACUGCUAUUUCCUUUCUUAAAGGCUGUAGUGGAAGAGGAACCAAACCAUCACCACUUUAACCACAGGCUCAGGCCUGUAGUGAUGCACAGCUGCAAUGUGAGAAGCUUCAUUUCCCAUUUCAGAUUCCAAACAGUAUGACUGGGUAAUGUUUGCUACAUCUUAUAAUAUUUUUAUUUUGGUACCCAGUAUCUUUUGUAUGCCAAUACAGGACAAUAUAGAGGGAACUGUAAACUUUAACAGAAUAUGUUUUGUAUUGAUGAGAAAGUCUGUGUAAAUAAACUAUAAUGAAAUAUACUGUA